CGCCGAACGCCCGCCCGACCAACCGACCUUAGCAUCCCCAAGGGGGUGUGCCAUCUGCGCGCGAGCGCGGGCUCUUUCCAUGGCGGCCCUGCACAACCUCCCGCAAUCCUGGCGGCGGCUCGUUUUCCUGCUACCCGUCUUGGUCAUCACCCUGAUCCUUGCGACCGGUUUGUACAAUGGGUCGAUCCCGAAACCGCCAAUACCAAAGGUAACCUUCGGAGAUACCCCAUCGCCGAGCCUGUCGCACACCAACUGCGAAACCGGGUCGCCAGCGCUCAACAGCAUCCCCGACGCGAUCCGCGCGCUGUGGGCGCCCCUCGUGGUGCCCAUCACGGCCCCGACGUUCACGACCAUCGACGGCGAAGAAAAGCACCUUCCCCCGCCUAACGAGCUGGUCCACACGGAGCCACUCGGAAAGCGCGUCUGCAUAUUCGACAUCGACAACCGGGAUUUCUCUGGCAAUGACAGCAUCUUCUACGACCACCUGCCCGCAUGGGACGACCUGGGGAACCCGGCGGCCGGCUUUCUCAGCCACUACCUGUACGCCACCAUCCACGGCUACUCGUACCAGUUCGUCCGCAGCCCCAAAUACGCCGACCGCGCCCCGCACUGGUCCAAGGUCAUCUUUACCGGGGAGCUUCUCAAGCAGUACGACAUCGUCGUGAUGCUCGACUAUGACGCCAUGUUCCCUUCCCCCGAGUUGCCGCUCGAGUGGCUGCUCAACUACUGGAAGAUCGGGCCCGAGGUCCUGGUUGCCAUGGCCGAAGACCCGAACGGCGAGCCCAACUUCGACGUGCGCGGCAAACCCAACGUCAACACGGGUUUCAUCAUCGCGCAGGCCGGCGAGAAGACGCAACGCUUGUUCAAGGAUUGGGCCGAGUGCCCUUCCGAGACCCGCUACCCGGGCUGCGCCGCCUGGAAGGACAAGCCGUUCCACGAGCAGUCCGCCUUCAGCUCCUACGUCCGGUACGACUUCCUCGACGGCUACAGCAUCGACACCCACCCGCAGUACAUCCGCACCCUCCCGUGCAAGGAGGCCAACGGCAUCCCCGAGGUUGCCGGUUGCGGGUGCGUCGGACAGUUGGUCCGCCACUAUUGGGGCAAGAAAGCUCUGACGAACCGCGAGUUCUCCCACAAUGUCAUGGCCGCCCUCACCCCGCUGCUCGUCGAGUCCGCCUACAAGCAACCAGGGCACGUGCAAGACUUCCGGAACAAGGUUCUGGACGGCUCUCAGAUUCUCGAUAAGUCUACCCCGUGGCGUUGAGGGCCAUGGUGGCAUACGCUUUCAUUACGCGUACUCGGUGCGCGCGACGUCCCUUGGUUCCUUUAUACAAUAGCUUGUUUCUCUAGCAUCGUGGGCUCGCAGGCGCGCUUUGCGUUCUGCUCGGUGUUUUGGUGUCGCGGAGCUUGCUGAGAUGGUGGCAUUUGCGGUUAUUUUGGGCGGCCUUGUACAACAGCUAAGCGGCAGGCGAGCGAGCGAGCGAGCAGCGGCGGUGGCCUUGGGAGAAGGAGAAUCCGUCACAUAGAGCUACCAUAAUUUCCAUACGUUGGGCUCGCGGCAGCUCAUUUGCUCACUCGAGCUCGGGGUCGAGAUCGACGAAGACGAACGCGCCCUCUUUUCCGGUGUGUUUCCUUGUGCCGAUGAUGAGGUCGGCAGUGGCUUCGAGCUCCCCCCUAUGUUAUCCAGAGCCGAUCUUGCUGUAACGAGUACUCCUGUUUCGAGCCCAAGCCAUCACGGCAGUCACGACCGGAGACAAGCUGUCAUAGAUACCACGAUUUGAGCAAACGACGCAUGCGAAUUUGAGAGGCAGUCUCCUGCCAGGCCAUGACCGUUUCGCUGCUUGCUUGCAACCUAGCCAUGGUAAUUGACGCCGCGUAACCCUUCUGGACACGGUUGGCGGUCCCCGGGCCUCUC